CCAAAAACAAGAUUGAGUACUUUUGAUUAUGUUAACAUGCAAGCGUGUCUAUAUAUUCUGAGUCAAAAAUUACUAGAUAUGUGAUUUAAAUGAGUAGCCUAGAAGCUAGCCAAAUUUUGGCGUCAGCUCUCAAGGAUGUUGAUGAAAUUUUGAAAGUCAGUGAACACGAGUUGAAUGAGUUUCCAUGGAGCUGGGACAACCAGUAAAAAUCAAGAUAAAUCGCCAGAGAUUUCAAGUCAGGGUAUUAGAGGAAUAUCUGAAAGUGAAAGCGGAAAUCAUAAAGCAGUAUCUUUUGAUGCGACAGAUAUUUACAGGACCGGAAAGGAAUUUUCUGUUCUCAAUAACAGACUUCAAAAUUUCAUUGAUAAACUAAGUCAUUCAAGGCGCAUGUCUAGAGUUCACACAUCGGAAUAUCAGGCUUUGGAUUUCGGACUCACAGAGAAUAAUUCAUCUGAUGUAAUUCAACUCCCGGCCACACGACCUACUAAAUUAGACUUAAAUGUUAUUGAACAACCUAAACAAAUUCAAUCUCCCUACAUAUUGUCCUCAAAUGAACAUAAUCCAUAUUUCAGUGAUAAAGGCCUUCAUCAACGAAUUAUUAAACUACAAGAACAAAUACAAGCACAAGCUAAUCGUAUUGCAGAAUUGGAAAAAGAUGGAAAUCCAGU